AUGGCCUCCCCAUUCUACAAUUACACCAUCGCCACCUUCACCAGGGGUCUCAAAACCCUCUCCACCCUCCUAAAAAAGGCCGAAGAGUACGCGAAAGAAAACAACAUCCCGCUCGACGAACUUCUCAAUGCCCGCCUUGUCGAGGAUAUGAAGCCUCUCUCCUUCCAAAUUGUGAGCGCAACAAACACCGUCUCCAAGGCUCUCGCCCGUGCAGCGUCCGUCGAUCCUCCACCACAGCAACAGCCCGAUAAGACCUACGAAGAACUUUACGAGCUCCUCGAUAGGACACUCGCGGAGCUUGAAAAGGUCGAUCCAGCUAAGAUCGCUCUCAAGGAAGGGCAAACUUUCAAGGCUCCGCUUGGACCGAAGGUGUUCGAUUAUACACUGGAGGAUUAUUCGGUGCGAUUUUCGAUCCCUAAUUUCUACUUUCAUGUUGUGACGGCGUAUGAAAUUUUGAGGGUGAAAGGGGUGCAGAUAGGGAAGCUGGAUUAUCUAUCGGAGUUUACGGCCUAG